UGGUUGUAGUUAGUUCCUAUACGUAUAAGUCAUGGCCAAGCCCGCGCCUAAGAAGGUCGUCGAGUCUUCCAGUGACGAGUCCUCAUCUGAUGAGGAGGUCCAGGCUCCCAAGCCUGUUGUACAUAAGAAGAAGGUCGCCGCCACUAAGAAGAAGGCCGAGAAGGAGCCUGUUGUCGAGGACAGCAGCAGCGACUCCGAUUCUUCCGUGGACGAGGCUCCUGCGCCUAAGGCCAAGAAGGCGGUAGCUAAGAAGGCCGCCCCUGCCGCUAAGAAGGCUGCCCCUGCCGAGGAGUCCAGCUCGAGCGAUGACGAUUCUUCGUCUAGCGAAGACGAGAAGCCCGCUGCCAAGAAGGCUAAGAAGGCUGCUCCUGCUAAGAAGGCUCCUAAGAAGGCCGCUGCUGCUGCUGCUGAGGAGUCCGACUCCAGUAGUGACUCUAGUGAUGACGAGGAGGAGAAGCCUGCUACCAAGAAGGCCGCCGCCAAGAAGGCCGCCGUUGCUGAGGAAUCUAGCUCUAGCGAUUCUGAUGAUGAGGAGAUGGAGGAGGCUAAGCCCGUUGCCAAGAAGGCUGCUGCUAAGAAGGCUGAGGAGUCUGACUCUAGUGAUAGUGAGGAUGAGGAGGAGGCCCCCGCCGCCGCCGCCAAGAAGCCUGCUGCUGCUAAGGCAGCUGCUGAGGAGUCCAGUGACAGCGACAGUGAUGAUGAGGAGGAGGAGGAAGCCCCCAAGAAGGUCAAGGCUGCUGCCGUCGCUGAGGAGGAGGACGAUGAGAGUGAGGAUUCUGAUGACGAUAUGGAGGAAGCUGCCACUGGCAAGCGUGCCGCUUCUGAGGCUACCACUGAGGAGGACGAGGCGCCUGCUCAGAAGAAGGCCAAACUGAACGACGGUUCGGCCCAGGAGUCUGUCGAGAGGUCCAAGUCUGUCUUUGUCGGCAACUUGCCCUUCUCUAUGACCAAGGAGUGGCUCGAGCAGAUCUUCAGCUGGUGUGGUGACAUUGAGAGGGUCAGCCUACCCACUGACUGGGAGAGCGGCAAGAUCAAGGGUUUUGCUUUCCUCGACUUCGCUGAUGAGGACUCUGCUGAGAAGGCUGUUGGCAAGAAUGGUGAGGACUGUGAGGGCCGCGACUUGCGUGUCAACUACAGCUUCCCCAAGAACGACAAUGCCCACAGUGGUAAGGGUAAGGGCGGCAAGGGUAAAGGUAAGGGUAAGGGUCAUCACGAGCUUGGCGAGAAGUCUGCCUCGGUCUUUGUUGGUAACUUGCCUUGGUCCAUGACCCAGGAGUGGCUAUCUGAGGUCUUCGGUGACUGUGGAAGCAUCACUCGUUGCUUUAUGCCUACUGAUAGGGAGACUGGAAAUCCCCGUGGUUUCGCCUACAUCGACUUUGACACUGAGGACUCUGCUGAGAAGGCUACUAAGCUUAGUGGCACUGACCUUGAGGGCCGACAGAUCCGGGUUAACUACAACCAGCCUCGCGAGUCGAGUGGCAAGGGUGGCAAGGGCAAGGGAAAGGGCAAGGGAAAGGGCAAAGGAAAGGGCAAGGGAAAGGGCAAGGGUAAGGGCAAGGGCUCUGGUAUUGCCGCUGCCGCCAGGGGAACUAUCCAGGAGUUUGCCGGUCAUAAGACCACCUUCGCCGACGAUGACGACUCCGACUCGGAUUAAAUACGUAUAGUUGAUAUUAGUCAAGAUGUGUUGAUAAUCUCAGAGGUUCGUUUCCAUCACUAUUCUUGUUGUUGCUGGGAAACCGGUGUACUGUUGGUUAUGCAACUGUCGUAUCUAUGAAGUGACAUUACUGACGGUUCUCAAAAUUGUUAUACCAGUAACAUCAUCAAUAGGAGUACAACCUCGCUACGUUUCCUUAUCUGUGUACCGGGUCCCCGGACACGGUACGUCUAUUCUCCGUUUUCAUAGAA